GAAAUCUGUGUGGGUUAAUGAAUUACACACGCUUUUGGACAAUGCAUCGUACAUUGCAAAAGACAUGGUCCUGCUUGGUGAUUUGAACUGCGAUUUGCUUCGUCCUGAUUAUCAAGAUUGUGAUGGAAGGGCUCUUCUUGACAUCUGUGAUAUUUAUGACCUUUGCUGCCUUGUACAGGGACCAACUAGGAUCUCUAACAAUACAGCUACCCUUAUUGAUGUGAUACUAGUAAAUAAUCGUCGACGAUUUAUACAUACCGAGAGUAUUGACGUCCAUCUUAGUGAUCAUAAUAUGGUCUGCACUGCUCUGAAAGCUCAAAUACCCAAAGCAUCUCCAAAAUUUAUAACGUAUAGAAGAAUGAAAGACAUUGAUAGCAAAGGUUUGGUAAAUGAUCUUAGCAAUGUCCCGUUUCAUGUAGCAUACACCUUUGAGGACAUUGAUGAUAUUUAUUGGGCCUGGCAAACUUUGUACAUGGAUGUAGUUAAUGAAUAUGCCCCACUAAAAAAAGUUAAAGUGAAGGGAAAUCGAGUACCUUAUGUAAAUGACGAUCUUAGGAAGGCAAUUCGUAAAAGGAAAAGACUUUGGAAGAAAUAUCUAAAGUAUAAUACAGAUGAAGCUCACUUGGCAUAUAAACAACAGAGGAAUUUAACUGUGAAAUUACGGCGAAAGGCUAUAGCUGCUUAUUUUAGAAGUUCAACAGAUAAUGCAAAUUCUGAUCCUCGUAAAUUUUGGAAAACAUUUAAACCCUUUCUACAUACAAAGAAUUCCAAAUCAACUGAAGAUAUUGUGUUGCAGGAAAACGGUAAGAUUAUUAAGGAUAGACAGCAGAUAGCAGACAUUUUAAAUAAUUAUUUUGUUAACGCCUGUGGGCCGAUUACCGAACAAAACAGUGAUACGCUCCAAAACCAUCCGAGCGUUAAAUCUAUCGAAGCAUUCAUGACGACUAGAAAUGUAACAACUGAAGGACAUACCUUUUCAUUUAGUGAAGUAAAAUGCCAGACAGUUUUGGAUAUUAUAGCUGCCUGUAAAACAUCUAAGGCACCUGGCUUUGAUAAUAUAUCGGCUAGCUUGAUCAAAUUGACGUCCGAUGUGAUUAUCCAUCCACUGACAGAUUUAAUAAAUACUUGCAUACGACUUGGUAACAUUCCUAUUGAUUGGAAAUCUGGGCAAUUAACUCCAAUAUUCAAGAAGGGGCAGGAUCAGAAUAAUAUGGAGAAAUCCUGUUAUAGACCUGUGACGGUAUUAGUUAUAUUUGACACCAUAUUCGAAAAAUGUCUAUAUCAACAAUUAUAUGAAUGGUUUGAGGAACUACUGGUCCGUAAUCAAUCGGCUUUUCGUAAACAUCAUGGAUGUGAUACGUCGUUACUUAAUCUAAUAGAAAAUUGGAAGUUUAAUCUUGAUGCCAAACAGUAUGUCGGGGUUGUUGCACUUGAUCUUAGCAAAGCAUUCGAUAGCUUGCCGCACGAAUUGCUUCUAGCAAAGCUUCAAGCAUAUGGCCUAUCUAAGUCGAGUGCUCAGCUAAUUAGAAGCUUCAUCACAAAACGACGACAACGAGUUAAAGUCCUCGAUAAAACUUCUCACUGGGUGGAAACGAGCAGAGGGAUCCCUCAGGGCUCUGUUUUAGGACCACUUUUCUUCAAUAUCUUUGUUAAUGAUCUCCAUUUUGAUGUAACUAAUGGAGAAAUUAAUACGUUUGCUGACGAUAAUCAGCUCUAUACCAGUCACCAAAAUGCGGACAGAGUUGAAGACACGUUAAAAUCAGAUCUUGACUCAAUAUUAGAAUGGUUUCAUCAAAACUUCCUCACAGCAAACCCCAAGAAAUUUCAAAGUCUGGGCUUAGCGCCUGGUAGAUCCACUAUUGACCUCCAAGUUUCAGUAAUGGGUAACCCGAUUCAACAAACGUCAUCUAUGAAGCUUCUGGGUGUUACGUUAAUAAGAUAAUAAGCUUAAUUUUCAUGACCAUAUUGCAAAUUUGUGUAGAAAGGUCAGUCGACAAGUGGCAGUUCUAAAUAGAUUUAAGCGAUUGAUUCCUUCUGAAUCAAAGAUAAGACUUUAUAAUUCAUUUAUAUUAUCAUAUCUCAAUUACUGUUCUACUGUUUGGCACUUUUGCCGUAAGAGUGAUUCUAACAAGCUUGAGAAAUUAAAUGAAAGGGCAUUGAGGACCGUUUUCCAGGACAGAUCUAGUAGUUAUGAGACUUUAUUAAACCAAGCUAACAAAACAACGCUGUAUAACCGUCGUUUGCAGGAUAUUGCAAUACUAAUCUAUAAGGCUCUACAUAAUCAAUCUCCACAGUAUAUCAAUCAACUAUUUGAACUGCGCGUAUCCAACUAUAAUCUUCGAGGAAUUGACAUGCUUACAUUACCUAGAUUUAAUACUGUUACCUAUGGAAAGAACUCGUUAAGAUAUAUGGGGCCUAAAAUAUGGAACAGUCUACCAGAUGAAGUUAAAGCGGCAGACAAUAUCGUAAUAUUUAAGAAAAACAUUCGUAAAUUUGAAUUUCAAGAUGUUUAGACUUACACAUUAUUUAUCUAGUCAUUUAACAAUAUAAUAUACAUAUUUAUUUUAAUAUAUAGAUAUUUGUAAUUCUAUUAGUUACUCAGUCAAACUAGCACUUUGUGUGCUAUAUCUAAACAGAGUCAAAAUAAAUUAUUAUUAUUAUUAUUAUUAUAUAGCAUCUGACCGAUGAGAAGUUCGCCUCACGAUUUGAGACGCAGAUAUUCAAAUUCAUUAGUCAUCGAUGCAGGCUCUCAAUUCAGCUUGAGAGCCUGUUCGCAGGCUAGUGCAUUGUUUAAGCAUGCAACCUUAUGCCUGGUUCACACUGGUCGUAAGAAUCGGGGAUUUCCACUGUCUGCAUGUGGUCAUUGGUUUGUAAAAUGCUUUGUCUGUCGGAAAAUAAUACAGUAGAUUGCCGAAUCGGGGAUUGUAAGAAUCGGGGAUUUCCAUUGUCUGUGGUCAUUGGUGUGUAAAAUGCUUUGUCUGCCGGAAAAUAAUACAAUAGAUCGGCGAUGAAUUACGACCAGUGUGAACCAGGCUUAACCAUGCAGGGAUUACGAUCCAUGAUCAUUUGUUAUGUCAGGCAUGUGUCAAAUGCAUUAAAAACUAGAGGGCACUCAGAGACUGCAUACCUCCGCCCGUUACUCGGAAGUGAAACGCAACCUUGGAAUUUCCUAAGAAAUCCACUUUAUAAUUCUUAAGCAUAAAAGAUUUCAGGCCCCCGCGAAUUGAAAUCGAAUUGCUAAUAGAACAUAUUACUGUCGUUGUACUGUACAGUACUUGUAAAAUAAAAACUUAUUAAGUGUCAUUAAAUAAAUGCAUAAAUUUUGGUUUAUGCACUCGCGCGUGCAGUAAUUUUCACAGUUGUGCUAUUUGAAAUUCCCAGGCAGCUAAUAUCUUUUGUCUUUAAUUAAAAGAAUGUCGAUUUCUUGGGAAAUUCCGAGGUUGCGUUCUUUUUAUACACCCUGUAUUGAAGUAAUCUAAUGUUGUUAGAAUUUGAAUGGACUGGCACUUUGCUGAACGUAAUAAUGCGUAACUCCGUAAGCCUUGUUUUAGACAUUGAAUUUCGGUCGCGUGAAAUGCAACUAAGACAAUAGAUAAUGAAGGCCGAAGCUUAAUGAGGUUUAUCAUCUCAUUACUGUCUUAGCACUGAGUGCAUAAAUUAUACACGUCCCAAUUACGCAUUCAGUAUUAUAUUUUGUUAAUUGACCGGGAAAAGCAAGACAAAAUUUUGUUCAUUUCUCGUUCAAUUUUUAACCAAAUUCAACCAAAUUUUAAUCAGUUCUUCCUUAGCCGAUGGGAAAUGCAUUCAAAAAAUUUCGUACGGAUAUGUUUGGUGUUUCUUGAGUUAUCGUGCUCACAGACAAACACACACACAUACACACACACACACACAUACACACACACACACAUACAAACCCAGAUGAUUACAUAACCUCCUGGCGGAGGUAACAAUGUCCUCAACUCUUAGGGUAGUUUUCAAAGUGACGUGGCUUUAAUUUGAUGUCCUUGGAUGCAAGUUUUGCUCUAUGUUGUUCGGUAUUCAGUUCUACAGGGUGUAUAAAAAAAAACUGAACAGAUUUAAAAUUGGCCUCAAUUUUGCAAAACAGCUAUUUGUAUCUGGUUUUUUAUAUAUAUAGCUUCUUUGGGUACUUAUAAUGUAAAAUAAUGAAAAAAAUUUCUCGAACUCAAAUUUUGUGAACCAGAGGGGUGUGUCUUUUCCAACAAACUAAAAAUGGCUCGCGCACAAAAUUUAAAAGCUGCAAUCAUAUUUUGAGUUAACAGAUGGAAAAUGUGUCGGGAUUUUAAUUACUGUACAAAAUUUCAGACAAUUUGGUUUAGUUUAAGCCCCUUAACUAUUCACGCAAAGUUACAAUUUUCCCGAAAAAUCAGCUAUUUGCAUGCUUAAUUAAUGCAUUUGCCUAAUUUGCAUAUGUCAGCAAUAUGCAAAUUAGGUAAAGGCAUUAAUUAAGCAUGCGAAAGGCUGACUUUUUAGAACAAAAUGAAUAGUUAAAGGACUUAAACUAAACCAAAUUGUCUGAAAUUUUGUACAGUAAUUAAAAACCCGACAAAUUUUCAAUCUAUCAACUCAAAAUAUUAUUACAGCUUUUAAAUUUUGUGCGCGAGCCAUUUUUAGUUUGUUGGAAAAGACACACCCCCCUGGUUCACAAAAUUUGAGUUCGAGAAAUUUUUUUCAUUAUUUUACAUUAUAAGUACCCAAAGAAGCUAUGUAUAUAAAAAAACAGAUACAAAUAGGUGUUCUGCGAAAUUGAGAGCAAUUUCAAAUCUGUUCAGUUUUUUUUUAUACACCCUGUAUAAACGACUUCGCAUCUGCAAAUUCAAACGAAAGGGAAUUUGUCGAAGACAAAUAUUCACAUAUUCCAGGUUCACAUAUUCCUGCGGCCGAUGCAGGCGUUAUCAUUGACACAUUAGGGAGUUGACGAUCUACGACGCGAUCAGCACGACGACGACGUCAGGCCUACUCUGGGGCGGUAAAUCGCCUUAAAUCGCCGUGAUAUAAUGCGAUUUUGGGCGAUUUUAGGUGAUUUAAGGAAAAACUGGGACUUUCAAGCACUGCGAUUUAAUGCGAUUUUAGGCGAUUUAAGGCGAUUUAAGAGAAAAUUCUAAAUUUUAGGGAUUGCAAUUUAGGUGUUUUCAAGGUAAUUGAAUUUUAUAUUUUGCUCUGGUUUCCUCCCACAAGGCAAAAUAUGGCAGGGUGGGUUAGACUAAAAACAGUUAGAAAAGUGAUAUCAUAUUAUCAUUGUUAUAAAGAUAAAUAGUCUAGACUAACAUAAGUAAUCCUAAUACUUGAUGUAAGCGGUAACUGAAAAGCCCCAAAGGGGAGUGAGCUGAAUAAUGUAAUGUUUUCACACACAUAUGCAUUGUAUGAAGCAAAAUACAAUUAUUAGAACAUGUAUGUACAUUUUAUAUAAAGCUAGGUUAAUAAUUAUUGUAUUUAACCCGAAUCAUAUAUAAAGCUCAAUAUUCGUGAACUUUUCAUUCAUUGUCUUAUUUAGAAGCUAUUGGAGUUCAUCCUGUGGGGCAUGUGGUCAUUCAUGGCUACAUUAUAAACCAUUAAUAUUGUAAACAGUUAAUAAAUAUACUCUACUUAAGGGGCAUGUACGGUACAUAAUUGCAAAAAGCCAACCUAUAACUAAACUACACAUGUCUUAGGCUAAACCUUAAUAUUAUUAAUUGCAAAAUAUAAUAGAUAUUAGAUUUCCAAAAGAACCACAGCCCACAGGGAGUAGAAACGCACAAUGUAUUUAUACAGUUACAAUAAGCUAUAUUCCUAUAAAUUACCUUGUCACCCUUGUAAGUGAAAUUGUCUUGUUUUGUAUCUUGUCAACACUUCUUCAUUUAGCUUGCAUUUUAUUUAAACUGUUUCAACAAACAUGUUUUAUAAAAUUAUGUUUGAUAUCUAUAUCCAGAAACAGUUUGAAACAGUAUUGUCACGCUUUCGGAAACUGUCGGCGUAAUGCCGUAAAGUUUAAUUUACAUGAAGUAUAUCGCAUAUAAAUGGUCGGAAUUCUAAAUUAUUUUAAAAAAAUUACUAAACAAAAUGAUAUUAAACAAAUGGCACACCGCGCACUACAUCGUGGUUUUAAGUCUUUUAUCUGAUAAUUUGUCAAGUGUUCUGCAAACAAGCAACAACAAAGAUUGUACAGUAUGUACGAGGUAAUCAUUGUUUUACUGUUUAUUUUAUAUACAGGUCUGGAAAAUUUAAUAGAUGAGAGUUGCAAAACUUGCAAAUCUCGCUCAUAACCUCACGUAUGUUUUUCGUAUGAUAGCCAAUAUAAUUAUAACUAGGAGCUAGAGUAUAACCAUGCACAUGUCGAAGUACAACCAUCGUAUACAAUGCAGUGCUCGAUCUACAUGCAACAGUGCACAAAUUGCAGGAUGACCUUAUUAUAUCCUCGUACUCAUUGACUCUCAUUAUCAUAGUCUCCUACUGCUGUUCUAACAGCAAUUAGGCUUUGAGAAGCCAUGUAUAUUAUAGAUUAAUUUGUAGCCCAGCCACGAUAGUCCAUAUAAAUUGUAGCCCAGCCUCCACAUUUUACACCAAUAAUGAAAUUAACCAGUAACUCAAUUUUGUUGCUGGUAGUGUAAUGGAAUCUAUGGGUCUUUCAUAUCCCAAAACUGCCUAAUUAUCGUAAAGUCUGCAUAAAGCAGAAUAAGGCUCUGUUUUUAUUAACGACCGGAGCCUAUUGAGUGACUAAAUAUUGUCAGCCUAAUCCACUUAUUUGUUUAUCCAUGUUGCAUUACUUUUAAUUGCAAAACACCUGGAUUAUACAUGAUUUGCCGGCAAAAUAGCAGCAAUUGAUAAACUUGAAUACAUUAUUGACCAAAUGUAUCAAACAGAAUGCAUGUUGGCGAGUUAAUGCGAUUUUAAGCAUGGGCGUACGGGAAGGAAAAAAAUAGGGGGUUGGAAAGAAAUUUGCCUGACUUUUUCGGAUUAUGCACACGUUGUCAAAAAUAAUUUGGGGGAGAAACUAUCCAAAAUUGUUGUCGACGUGGGGGGGGGAGAAGUGAUUACAAAAAAAUCCUAUUAGAUAGCAUAUUUCCCACAUAAUUGACAGAAUUUCCCACAAAAUUGACGGAAUUUGUCCCAUUUAUUUCUAUAAUAAACCAAUAUUCCCCGACUGUGAAGCGAUGAUUUUAAGCGAUUUUAGGCGAUUUAAAGCGAUUUUAGGCGAUUUAAGAGAAAUUUGACAAUUUUAACCCGCGAUUUAAUGCGAUUUUGGGCGAUUUUAGGCGAUUUACCGCCCCAGAGUAGGCCUGACAUCCUAGCAUUCGAUUCUUUAACUUUAUCAAAAAAAAUAUUUUAACUUAAUACAUUGUUCAAAUUCAUGUAUAUCCUUUUUCAUUUGAAAUUUAUCAAUAAUAUUAUUUGGCAUAGGGAAAAAAUUCAGACCUCUAGAUAAAACCCGGCUUAAUCUCUUCAACUUUUAAAUGUCGGUUAGAGAGAUUAACUACAUUCUCACUAACAAAGCCUCGGCUUUGAUCACAACAAUCUCUACUCACAUCCCUACGGUCUACCAACACACUUCUGUCCUCAACUAUUUCCUGCGAUAAUACCUCUGAUAUAAUUUUCUCUCCACACUGUUGCUUUUCGUCCAUUAAUUCAUUUCUGCCAGCAUAAUUUUCUCUUGUUAAACAUUCUUGGUCCGUUUCAAAAUAAGGAGAAGUUUGUAUAUUCAAACGUAGUACCUUUAGUUUUGAAUUUUCAUCCAGAGUUGUCGGAAGUAAAUGAUUCUAUGGUCUAUAUUGCAUGCUUCGGAUGAGAUGAAAGAAGAGUUUAAAGAUAAAAGGCCUUUGAUUUCGUUUAGAAGACCUCGUAAUUUAGAGGAUAAUUUAGUAAGAUCUAAAAUAAAAAGAGACGCUGAUACAGGUAAUGCUAAGGGUAUGAAGAAGUGUGGAAAAUCUAGAUGCCAGAUAUGUUGUUAUGUAGAGGAAACAGAAAAAUUUGAAUAUGGAAGUAAUAAGUAUUGGAUAAAUUAUUCCUUUGAUUGUGAUUCAGAGGGU